AUAUAGGUGGGUGGGCUAGCUGAAGAGACCUCGAAAUAGGUGUGUGUGUGUGCGAGCUUCGAGAAGCGUCAGAACUCGCCAGAUCGAUCUGCAGUUUACGCGAGACGCCCUGUAUAUCGGACGGUGCUGAGGAACUGUUUGUUUUGGGGAUUUUAAUUGGUAACGAUAGUUGGAGCCGGGUAAUCCGGGCUUAUUUGUGCUGUGGUGACGAUCCUAGUGCCAUGUGAAGAUAUCUGAUUUUUUUUUUCGGUUUUUUAGAUGGCCCCGAAGAAGAUGGAUUAUUCUAGUGUCCCCACGUCAGUGGAACUGGACAACAACUUCAACGGCAGAAAGUACACGGUCAAUUCCUCCAACAACAAGGUGGUCAUACCCAGGUCCAUAUGCGCCCUUCUGACCUUAGCCGCCAUUCUUCUGGCCUUAUUAUCUGCUUUAAUCGUGUUCCUAUUAGUACCUAAGUGUGGCCAGGAGCAGUCCGACUCCCAGUCGUUGUUCAGCGACAAACCCUCAGCUGUAGCAGAAGAGAUUGACCCAAGACUGCCCGUGGAAUUAGAGCCUCUAUAUUAUAAGUUAAAUUUAGUACCGGAUUUCCAACGACAAACGAUCGAUGGGACUGUGGAGAUAAGGCUGAGAGCGAAUGAAGAUAAAUACGAGGUGAUCUUCAACGUUAAAGACUUGAGGAUAGACAGUAACUACACGGAGUUAAGACUGGCCAACAGUAACCAGACUGUGGAGUUAGAAGACCAAGAGCAAAUACCAUCCGAAAGGUUUAGGAUAACCACCAAAGAACCCUUGAAGAAGGGAGAGACUUACGUGUUGGUCUUAAAGUAUGACACGGACUUUAAUUCACACCUAUUGGGUAUCUACAACAGCCGGUAUUUCGAUGGUAGAAACAAGAAGACCAAGAGUUUGGUGAGCACCCAGUUUUCACCCAUAGACGCCAGAAGAGGUUUCCCAUGCUUCGACGAACCUUCUUUCAAGUCGAUCUUCAGCAUCAGCAUCGCAAGACCGACAUCCUUAUCCACAGUUUCCAACAUGCCGAAAAAGGGAGACCCACAACCUUUCGAGGACAGGAAGGACUGGGUAUGGGACCAUUACGAAGACACUCCCCCCAUCCCUACCUACUUGGUAGCCUUCGUGAUAAGCGAUUUCAAGUCGGCAACAGCCUCAAGACCCUCCACAGAGCUAUGGGCCACCCAAUCUUUCCUCUCGCAAACCCAGUACGCGGCAGAUUUACUGCCAGUGAUGAUCAACUAUCUUCAAUCUUACCUCAACGUGAGUUUUCCAGUGAAGAAAUUGGAUCUGGUGGCUAUUCCAGAGUUCGGUUUUGGCGCCAUGGAAAACUGGGGACUCAUAACCUUCAGGGAGAGCAUGUUGCUGUUUGACAGGAACAACACGAGCAUUGAAGACCAGAAGAACAUCGCCCACGUUUUAGCCCACGAACUGGCCCAUCAAUGGUUUGGUAACCUUGUGACGCCCAAAUGGUGGGAUGAUCUGUGGUUGAAGGAAGGGUUCUCCACCUAUCUCUCAUACCUGGCAGUUGCCAAAGCUCAUCCCAAAUGGACCUACACCCAAGAAAUAUUCCCAAACGAGCUGACCAAGGCGUUGGAAAACGACGCCUACCUAUCGUCCGAAGCAGUCUCCAAACAGAUCAAGAACAACAAGCAGAUACGUCAGAUCUUCGGCGCAGGGUCUUAUUCCAAAGGCGCCUGCUUGGUCAGAAUGUUGAACAACUUCCUGACCGAACCGACCUUCCUCAAGGGCGUCAAAUACUACCUGGAUCGGUACAAGUUCAAGAACGCCGACCACAAGGACCUCCUCAAAUGUUUCGACGACGCGGCCGCCGAGAACGUCAACCCUUUCGUGAACUUUACCAACGUGGGCGACAUCAUGGAGAACUGGAUCAGCAAACCGGGUUUUCCGGUGCUCACGAUCACCACCAACAUGGAGACGAAGGCCAUCACCAUCAGACAGAAACGAUUCUCGUUAGAGGGCAGCUCCGACGAUACUCUGUGGUGGGUGCCGAUCUCCAUCGCCACAGAUCUGGAUCCGGAUUUCCGAGAUUCCAGUCCCAAGGCUUGGUUGCAAGGGGAGUCCAUAACCUUACCGGUUAACUUCGCGAAUUGGUACAUCGUCAACGUCAAUCAGACAGGUUAUUACAUGGUGAAUUACGACGAACAGAUCUGGCGCGCGUUGAUCAAGGACAUCAUGAACGUGCCUCCUUUGACCAGGGCUCAACUCAUCGGGGACUCCAUGGAACUGGCCAAGGCCAACUUGCUAGACUACGACAUACCGCUGAGACUCAUCGCCAACAUGGCGGUCAACGACAAGAUGAUCAUGUUCGUACCCACCCUAGUGGCCUUCAACAAACUCGAAUUUCUCAGCGAUAUGCUGAUAAACACGCCUGCCUUCGGCCUCUUUGAGAAUUACCACAAGACGAUCUUCAAGGACACCUACCACACGGUGGACUUCUCCAACACGCUGGACGACUACUUGUCCCUCAGGAUCAUGAAGACUGUGCUGGAAUGGUCGUGCAGAAGCGUCGAAUCCAGGUGUGCCAUCCUGGCGCACAGCCUGUACAGGAAAUGGAUGCAGGGUUCCAUCGUCAUCCAACCGAACGUACGUCAUAUCGUCUACUGCACAGCCAUUAGGCAAGGAGGGAAGGCCGAAUGGGACUUUGCGUACCACGAGUACAGAAGGACCAACUCCCCCACCGAGAAGAACGUUCUCUUGGACGCCCUGGGUUGCACCAAACAAGAAUGGCUGCUCUCGAGAAUGCUCAAAGCGAUUUUGGAAGGGCAGACCUCGUACCUCAACAUCGUGCUGGACGAUGAAACGUACAGCAUGAGGAUCCAGGACGCAGACAGGAUUUUCGAAUCGAUCGCCAACAACAAGGCCGGCAGCCAGUUGGCCUUCAACUUCCUCAGGAGGAACUGGGACGACCUCAGAGAGCACUUGGGCGAAGGCUUCGACAUCUUGAACAAGUUGAUACUGAGCAUUCCGAAGCAUAUGAACACGGAAUUUCAACUAGCAGAGCUGCAGAAGUUUAAAGAAGAACUGGGCGAUAGGAUAGGACACGCAGGUCCGGCCCUGGACAGGGCCAUAGAAAUAGUGAGAACGAAGGUUGUCUGGAUGCAGAAGAAUUACAAGUCGCUGGAACAGUGGCUUUACGCCCACCAGGACAAUUUCGGGUAUGGAUCCAAGUGAUCGUCCUUUCAGUAUUUUUUAUAUCAAGAUUCAUAUCUCUUAUUUAUUGAAACUGUGAAAUAGAUUUAAAAAAAACGUU